AGACAGGGAGCAGUAGCUGAAGAGCCAUGGCCGCUUGCACCAUCGCCAACGUGAAGGUCCUUGAAGGCAAGGAGCUUUCCAGAGUGGAUGAUGAUAUCAUUUUCGAGGUGACUCUGGACGUGGCACAGGCACUAGCAGAAGACAUGGUCUUCCGGUGCGUGUACAUACCUUAUGGUUCAGGCUCUGAAAAAGAGUUGGAGUCCAUCGAUGUGGGUGAUGGACCAGGCUUGAGACAGGGCUUGCUGAAAUUUAACUUUGAGUCAGCACCUCCUGCCAAGACAGACCUGGAGGCUAAGAGCGCCGACAGCCAAGAGAGCGGACCAUUGGAAGUCGCUGGCCUCUAUAUUUCUGCUCUGUAUGGAGGAAAAGAGUUCUGCCGAGUUGGCUACUAUGUGCGCUAUGAGUAUGAUCCCGAGCUUCAGGAAAAUCCUCCAGAGACGGUCGACUGGGAUCACGUUCAUCGGGUGCUGAGUGCGCCCCGUGUCACCAAAUUUAUCAUUCCCUGGGAUUCAGAGGACAUGGAUGUGACUGGAGCAGGAGCUCUUCGAUCCACGAUUUCACGUCCGUCAGAAAACGAUGAUGGAGCCGAGGAGAUGCUGCAGUGACAGUGAAGGGCGGCCUUGUCGUUACCGUGUCCACGCUGAGAGCAUUCGAUUCCGGAAUGCCUGGGGCACAGGUGGGCGGACGACACGCAUCGAUCAUCAUCGAUCUGUAGAAUUCUGUAGGGACUUUGGCUUCCAGUGCGUGGGGCUUCAAAGGGAAGAGGGGCAAUCUGUCUUGUUGAUGGUAGUGCGUGCUGAUGAUGCGGCACUUGUAACAUCCGUUUUGAUCAGAUGCUCCAAAGCGCUGCUUGUAAGGGUUCGUCAGACUGCGGGCUAGAAAAGCCUGCUGAAGCGUUGUGACCUUCGAAAA